AUGGUUCAGUCACUGGAAGCUAUCAAAGGUGGUGGAGGAUCCAUCAGGGUUGGGACCACUGGCACAAUCAGUUCCUUGAUGACAAGGGAAUUGCAGUCCAUGAAUACUGCAUCUCAAAAACCUUCAUCAUCUUUCAUUAGCAAACCUCAAACUGAUCCUGUUAUUCCAAGAAGACUUAAACCAAAGAAAUCCUCUGAUGAAGCCAGCAGCAGUGGUGGACUCGGGAACUACACGAAAAGUCCGGAAUUUUCCAGGAAAACAAAGGGGUAUUCUAAAAAAACACAUAGAAUCCCAAUGCUUAAUUCUGAUAAUAUAGUUUUAGAUAGAACUCCGAGUAGAGAGAAAACUGAAAAGAAAGGAUCUAACAUUGUUGAAGUUGUAGACAUAAGGUGUGGAAACUCUGAUGGAGCUUGGAAAAGCCCCAUAACAAGCAGGUUGAGGAAGCUAGGCUUCUCAAAGCUCUCAGAUAGCAUUAUCUAAGCCUGCAAAUUCUUCACAUCUGUUUUCAGGUUCGUGUAGCUGAAACCUGAAAUCCCAACUGGCCGAUUUUUGUCUGACACUUCCACCAUAGAACACAUGCUUGGUAGUAGUUUGCUGCCUCCUUUCUUUUUCUUCUUUUGGGUUGAUGAGACAGAUCCAACUGUUGGUUUUGAAGAAUGAAUACUACUAGAGGAUGCUGUAUCUGUAACCUGUGAACGAGGCUUCUCCAAGUUACAGUGGCUGCUCAGUUCGAGUUGGCUGAAGUACUCAAUUUCCUUCAUCACAAGGGAACCAACAGUUCCUCUGGUGCCUAUUUCCACAGGAUUGUAGGAAGCCAUUUUCUCAGCAUCAGUUGUGAGAACCGUGUUUGGUUUAUGCAUUUUUUGCUUGCUUGGAUAGGAGGAUGAGGAGUUAAAGGAGGCUUUUUGAUGAAGAGAGGUGGUUUUGGGUUUUCUGUUGGUGUGGAAGUUGCUUUUAGAUUGGGACAUUUUGUUGCGUAGUCUUUGGUGUGUUUCUCUCACAUGAAUUCUUUACCAUAUGUUGUUUAUCUUAAAGUGAACGACUUUAGUCUUUUUGCCUUAAUGAAAGAUUGGAUGGUGAUAUAGUUCACAGUA